AUCAAAAAAAAAUCUGUUUAAAAGAAAAUAUCCAUUUGACCAGAACCUUUCUUUAUUGAAUGGCUUGAUGGAUUUCCUUUACUCUGAUUCAAACCAAAGCUGUCCUGCUCAACCAAAACAAGAAAGGACCUUGCAUGAGUCAAUCCCAGAAUGCCACUUCUACAUCACCGAUGGGUGAAGAAAACCUCAUGAAUAUCAAUCACAGAGACUCAGAGAGCAUCACUGAUGUGUGCUCCAAUGAAGAUAUCCCUGAAGUUGAGCUGGUGAGCCUGCUAGAAGAACAGCUACCCCAGUAUAAGCUAAGAGUGGACUCUCUCUUUCUAUAUGAAAAUCAAGACUGGACUCAGUCCCCACGCCAGCAGCGACAUGGAUCUGAUGCCCUCUCUCCAGUCCUUGCUGAAGAGACUUUCCGUUAUAUGAUUCUAGGCACAGACAGGGUGGAGCAGAUGACCAAAACUUACAAUGACAUCGACAUGGUUACACAUCUCCUGGCAGAGAGGGAUCGUGAUCUGGAGCUAGCUGCUCGAAUUGGACAAGCUCUCUUAAAGCGGAACCAUGCCUUGUCUGAGCACAAUGAAGCCCUCGAGGAGCAACUGGGACAAGCCUUUGAUCAAGUUAAUCAACUGCAGCAUGAGCUGUCCAAGAAAGAUGAGUUACUUCGAGUUGUCUCCAUUGCUUCUGAAGAGAGUGAAACUGAUUCCAGCUGCUCUACACCUCUUCGCUUCAAUGAGUCCUUUAGCUUAUCUCAAGGUUUGCUGCAGUUGGACAUGCUGCAAGAAAAGCUCAAGGAACUGGAAGAAGAGAAUAUGGUUCUUCGAUCCAAGGCUUGUCACAUAAAGACAGAAACGAUUACCUAUGAAGAGAAGGAACAACAGCUUGUCAGUGAUUGUGUUAAAGAACUUCGUGAAACAAAUGCUCAGAUGUCCAGAAUGACUGAAGAAUUGUCUGGGAAGAGUGAUGAACUGAUUCGUUACCAAGAAGAGAUUUCCUCUCUCUUGUCUCAGAUUGUAGAUCUUCAGCACAAACUUAAAGAACAUGUGAUUGAGAAGGAAGAGCUGAGACUUCACCUCCAAGCUUCCAAAGAUGCCCAAAGACAACUGACGAUGGAGCUGCAUGAGUUACAAGAUAGGAAUAUGGAGUGUCUGGGAAUGUUACAUGAAUCGCAAGAAGAAAUAAAGGAACUUCGGAAUAGAUCUGGCCCUGCUGCUCAUCUCUACUUUGCCCAGCCAUAUGGAGUUUUUCCUGGGGAAUCUCUGGCGGCUGAGAUUGAGGGGACCAUGCGUAAGAAGUUGAGUUUGGAUGAGGAAUCUUCUCUCUUUAAACAAAAAGCCCAACAAAAACGGGUAUUUGAUACUGUCAAGGUUGCCAAUGACACACGGGGCUGCUCUGUCCCAUUCCCAGCUCUGCUACCCAUUCCAGGCUCCAACCGUUCAAGUGUCAUCAUGACAGCAAAACCUUUUGAAUCUGGUUUACAACAAACAGAGGACAAAACAAUCCAGAAGAGUAACUUGGAGGAAGAUCCAGGGAACGUCCAGAACGUCUGUCAACCAGGACACUCUGAAGAGAGCGAUUUGGCUACAGCCCUGCAUCGCCUGAGUCUGCGGCGACAGAACUACUUAAGUGAGAAGCAGUUCUUUGCUGAAGAAUGGCAACGGAAGAUCCAGGUUCUGGCUGGCCAGAAAGAAGGGGGAAGUGACUGUGGCAUCCGCACAGAGAGCCUUGCCUCCCUCUGCACCGACCAGUCGGAGAUCACAGACCUGAGCAGUGCCAGUUGCCUUCGAGGUUUUAUGCCUGAAAAAUUGCAAAUUGUCAAGCCCCUUGAAGGAUCACAAACUCUGCACCAAUGGCAGCAGCUUGCUCAACCAAAUUUAGGAACCAUUCUUGACCCACGACCAGGUGUCAUCACUAAAGGCUUUACCCAGUUGCCCAAGGGUGCCAUCUAUCACCUCUCAGAUUUAGAAGAAGAUGAAGAGGAAGGUAUCACUUUUCAGGUUCAGCAACCUCUUCAAGUGGAACAGAAAUCAUCAAUAUCCCAGCCAGUCACAGGAAUCUUCUUGCCGCCCAUGACUUCAGCUGGUGGUCCAGUUACAGCUGCAACCUCAAACCCAGGAAAGUGUCUCUCCUGCACAAACUCAACAUUCACCUUCACCACCUGUAGGAUAUUACAUCCUUCUGAUAUUACUCAGGUUACCCCCAGCUCUGACUUCACUUCAUUAUCCUGUGGAAGCAGUGGUAGCAGUUCGUCAAACACAGCAGUGAAUUCUCCUGCUGUGUCCUAUAGGCUCAGCGUUGGUGAAUCCAUCACCAACCGACGAGAUUCCACCAUAACCUUCAGCGGCACCAUGAGCUUGGCCGAACUUCUACAAAAGCGAGGCAUCUCUGCUAAAGCAUACCACAGCCCAGUUUCAGAGGACCCCCUCCUCCAGCCUCUCCCUAGAGGCCUGGCUAUCCCUUCCACGCCACCAAAUUCACCGUCUCACUCACCUUGCCCUUCUCCUUUGCCCGUUGAGCCUCGAGUGCAUCUCUCUGAAAAUUUUUUGGCCUCCCGACCAGCUGAAACAUUCCUCCAGGAGAUGUAUGGCUUGAGACCAUCCCGAAACCCUUCUGAUGUUGGCCAGUUGAAGAUGAACUUAGUGGACAGGCUGAAAAGACUGGGGAUAGCCAGAGUGAUCAAGACCCCUGCAGCCCAGAAAAAUGGAAGAAGCCAAGAGGCAGAAAAUGGUCUUGAAAGACCAAACUCUGCUGUCUAUUUAAAUUCAGGUAGCAAUUUAUUGAGUGGACUGAGGAGGAAUCAGAGUCUUCCAGUCAUUAUGGGUAGCUUUGGCACCCCAGUUUGCACAUCAUCACCCAAAAUGGAUAUCCUGAAGGAAGACUGAGGUUCAGCAGUUGACUGACCUCUUACACAAGUUAGCACAUGAAGGAAAGAUUUGCACUGAUACAUGUAGUCUUGUCUGAGAGAAAAGGAAUGUUGCAGAAGGGUUGUGAAUGUGGGAAGGGGAAAGUGGAAGAACGGAAACAGAAUUGGCAUGAGGUCUGUCUGAUAAAUUGAAAGUAUAAAUGAAUAGGUCAUGAGUGUUUGGAAGCAGAGAAAGAAGAAAUGUUUAAUGUGGUCCUCCAGUUGGUAUUUCUUGUCUUGAAAAUAAAAAGUGACUAGAAAAUAAAUUCAGUAAUAUUGGAACAUACCAGAAAUACUGAACUUGCUAGCACAUUUACUUCUGGUGAGCAUAAGCAGGGAGGACCCAGGUUAGGAGAUGGGAAAAAAGAAGGAGCAGCUUUGACCGUUACCUUUAGAAAGCUGUUCUAGAAGGUUGCUGGAGUAAACUCAGUCUGUUAGUGAGACAACAGUGAGAUGGCUUAUCUGCUGGCCCCUGUUAAUGUCUGGUUAAAUUACACCUCCAUCAAAGAGUACGCUCACUGCAUUAUCAGCAAGGAAUUUUACCUUUUGCAUAAGAUCAGACUAGUGGAGACUCCCUUUUUGCUUUCUGUUUUCAGGCCUUUGAGCCACUGGGAUCCCAAACAUAAUCCACAUUCCUUUUGCAUUUGUGAUUAA